AUGCCCCGCCUGGUUAUUCUCUGCCUGCACCGCCGCAGCCGCCUGAGCCCGCUUGCACCCCGGCUGGCCCACUCGGGGCCCGGUCGCAACCGGCAGCCGUUGUCCGAGAUGGACGUGGCUGUUGGACUCGUGGUGUUUUUUAUGACUUUCUUAACACCGUGUGGGUACAUACUGCACAACCUGAGCCAGUUCAGAAGACAGUAG